UCAAUCACACAGAGCUGUCCCUCGAAACGUCAACAUCCCAACAGUUGAAAAAUAAUUUGGGUCAUUUUAACAGUUUGGUAUUUGGUUCACAGAUCCAUGAAGAGUGACCAGUCCAUGGAUCAUCCACUUCAAUUUGCAGAAGGAGGUGUUCCUGCUGGUCAGAGAUACCAACCUGGUCUGGUAAAUGUGGAAAUGCAGCAGAUCCACAAAUCCCAUCUUCAGAAGAAGUUUCAGUGUCUGACUGAGGGAAUCACAAAGCAGGGAGAUGCCAGACUCCUCCAUGAGAUCUACACAGCGCUCUAUAUCACAGAGGGGGGGAGAGGAGAGGUCAAUGAUGAACAUGAGGUCAGACAGAUAGAGAGGGCAUCCUGGAGAGAGGCAGCACGAGGCAGACCAAUCAAAUGCAGUGACAUCUUUAAACCUUUAUCUGGACAAUACAAACCCAUCAGAAGAGUGCUGACAAAGGGAGUGGCUGGCAUUGGAAAAACAGUCUCUGUGCAGAAGUUCAUUCUGGACUGGGCUGAAGGGAAAGAGAAUCAAGAUGUCCACUUCAUAUUGCCUCUCCCUUUCCGAGAGCUGAACCUGAUGAAGGAUGAAAAACUCAGUCUGGUGGAGCUUAUUCAGCACUUUUUCCCUGAAAUUACAGAUCCAAGAAUCUUCUCUGGUUCAGAGCAUGUCAUCUUCAUCUUUGAUGGUCUGGAUGAGUGUCGACUUCCUCUAGAUUUCCACUCCAACCCAAGGUGUUGUGAUGUGACAGAGCCAGUCUCAGUGGACGUGCUGCUGACAAACCUCAUCAAGGGGAAUCUGCUUCCCUCUGCUCUCUUCUGGAUCACCACCCGACCAGCAGCAGCAAAUCAGAUCCCACCUGUGUGUGUGGACCAGGUGACAGAAAUAAGGGGAUUCAGCAACCCACAGAAAGAGGAGUACUUCAGGAAGAGAAUCAGUGAUGAGAACCUGGCCAGCAGAACUAUCACACACCUGAAGUCAUCCAGGAGCCUCUACAUCAUGUGCCACAUUCCAGUCUUCUCCUGGAUUACCGCCACUGUUGUGGAGAGAACAUCAGAUGAAUCUGGGAGUGUAGAAAUGCCAAGGACUUUGACUCAAAUGUACACACACUUCCUGAUCAUUCAGACAAGCAUGAAAAAUGAAAAGUACACAGAGAGAAAAGAGAGAGAUGAAGAGACGAUUUUUAAACUGGGGAAACUGGCUUUCCAACAGCUGGAGGAGGGCAAUCUGAUCUUCUAUGAGGAAGACCUGAGAGAGUGUGGUAUUGAUGUCACAGAAGCAUCAGUGUACUCAGGAGUGUGUACUCAGAUCUUCAGAGAGGAGGCUGGGCUGUUACAGGGGAAGAGUAAGAAUGGACACCUGGACCUUUUCCUCCGCUUCCUUCUGGGCCUCUCACUGAAGUCCAAUCAGAAUCUCUUAAGACACCUGCUGUCACAGACAAGAAGCCAAUCACAGAGCUCAGAGCAAACAGCCCAGUGUGUCAAACAGAUGAUCAGAGAUCAGAAUAAUUCAGACAGAAAGAUCAACCUGUUCUACUGUCUGAAUGAGCUGAAUCACCAUGCUGUAGUGGAGGACAUUGACAGGAGCUCAGGCACUCUGUAUGUGGACAUGCUCUUACCAGAAAAGUGGGAGACUAAGAGAUUUGAGUUUAAGAUUCCAAAAGAGCAGCUGGAUGAGUUUGACCUGCAGAAGUACAUAAAGACACCAGAGGAAGAUCUGACUGAACUCCUUAGUCUCGAUGAUGUUCUGCAGAAGCUGGUGCCAGUGGUCACAUAUUCCACAUCAGCUGAGUGA